AUGUCUACCAUACGUGCUAUCCUUGUAAAAGCCCGUGGCCAUGCGGUGAUGCAGUCUAUCACCCUUCCUAUGAUUCCCGACGAUUAUAUAUUGGUAAAGACCAAAGCUGUAGCUUUGAAUCCCACAGACUGGAAACAUAUCUAUCUGGAAGACUGUACUGAUACCCUCGCCGGCUGUGACUAUGCGGGAGUUGUGGAAGCUAUCGGCGCUACCGUCAGCAAGGAAUGGAAGAAGGGUGACCGAGUGGCGGGAUUCGUACAUGGCUGCAAUCCGGUAAGGCUUGAGAGUGGGGCCUUUUCCGAAUACGUUCUUGCCAAAGGCGAUAUCCAGUUUCGCAUUCCUGAUUAUAUGAGCUUCGACGCUGCAUCAACCUUGGGUGUGGGUCUGACCACUGUGGGCCAAAAUCUCUACCAACACCUGGAGCUACCUAUGCCGCAAUGUGAAGGUUUAGCUGACGGAUGCUCGGUACAAGAUCCAGCCGAGACUAUUUUGAUCUACGGGGGUGCGACAGCCACCGGCUCGCUGGCUAUUCAAUUCGCUAAACUGUCCGGUCUUCGUGUUGUGACCACUUGCUCGCAGAUUAACCAGUCAUACAUGUACGACCUAGGUGCAGAUAUCGUCUUCGACUAUCAUGACCCUCAGGUGGGCGAUCGAAUUCGUGACGAGACAGAUGACACAUUAGAGCUCGCCUUCGACACUAUCUCAACUCCGCAAUCGGCCGCAAUUUGCGCCAAUGCGAUCUCAUCUGCAGGAGGAAAUUAUGCUGCCCUACUCGAUGUACGUUGCCCACGUGCAGAUGUGGACACCCAGGUGUCAAUGGCGUAUGCCAUGAUUGGUGAAAAAUACCAUUUGGGAGGUAAAGUGAUCGAUGGCAAAUCUUCUGAUCUACAAUUUGCGAUGCAAUGGACGGAGGAAGUCGAAACUCUGCUCCAGGCCCGUUGCAUCCACCCCCAUCGGUAUCAUGUGAAACCUGGUGGUCUCGAAGGUGUGCUUGAAGGGCUGAAGCUUUUGCGGGAAGGUAAGGUCCGGGCCUGCAAGCUCGUCUACCAUGUGAAUGAAAUCGAGUAA